AUGAGGACCAAGCCGGAAAUGAUGGGCCAACUGCGUCCCGCGUUCAGCGAACUCAAUAUUUCCGAAGGUUUCGAAUUCGACACCGAAAUCGUCACCAACGAGAUCAAAGAAGAUUGCAAAUCCCUUCUUUUGUCCAAUGAACAACUGACCACCUUGAUGAAAGAUAUGGAUGGAGCCAUCAGGAAUGGUUUGGGCAAAGAUACCAAUCCAUCUUCCAUUGUCAAGUGUUAUGUCACUUACGUACAAGAUUUGCCUAACGGCACAGAAAGAGGAAAAUUCUUGGCUUUGGACUUGGGUGGCACCAAUUUCCGUGUGCUAUUGAUUGAAUUGGGAGAGAAUAACUACUUCCAUAUGGACUCUGAAAUCUUCAAAGUACCUGCUCAUAUUCAAACUGGCAAAGGCACAGAAUUAUUCGAUCAUAUUGCUAAAUGUCUGGCAGAAUUUAUUAAAAAACACAACUUGGACAGCAAAAAGGCAUUACCGUUGGGCUUUACUUUUAGUUUUCCACUUAGACAAGUUGGACUUACCAAAGGAUAUUUAAAUAGUUGGACUAAAGGAUUUAACUGCUCAGGAGUAGUUGACGAAGAUGUAGUCAGACUUCUCAAGGAAGCUAUCAAGCGGAGAAAGGACGUCGAGAUUGAUGUGUGUGGAAUAUUGAACGAUACAACCGGUACAAUCAUGUCAUGCGCUUGGAAGAACCCGAACACCAAAAUUGGAGUUAUUGUUGGAACGGGUUGCAACGCGUGUUACGUGGAAAAGGUUGAAAACGCCGAACUCUUCGACGGUGACAAGACGAAACCACACGUGAUCGUCAACACCGAAUGGGGUGCAUUCGGAGACGAUGGAAAAUUGGACGCCGUUCGCACGAAAUACGAUCGGGAAAUCGACGAGGACUCUUUGAACCCGGGAAGACAGAGAUUCGAGAAAAUGAUCAGUGGCAUGUACAUGGGCGAGAUCGUGCGGUUGGCCAUCGUGGACUUGGCCAACCAGAACAAACUCUUCGAGGGAAGACUGUCCGAACAAAUGAAGACCAAGGGAGCGUUCGGCACGUCAUUCGUAUCCGACAUUGAAGGCGAUAAAGCCAACUACAAAGAAACCUUGAAGGUUCUGAGCGAGAUGGGCAUCAACGACCCAUCAUUGGUCGACUGUGCCAACGUACGGUACAUUUGCGAAUGCGUAUCCAGGCGGUCGGCGCAUCUGGUGUCCGCCGGUCUGGCCGCUCUUCUCAACAAAAUGGACGAGAAGUCCGUCACGAUCGGCGUUGACGGUUCCGUUUACCGUUUCCAUCCAUACUUCCAUAAACUCAUGGUGGAAAAGACCAAACAACUGACCAAAUCUGACAUCAAAUUUGACCUGAUGUUGUCCGAAGACGGAAGUGGUCGUGGAGCCGCGCUAGUCGCUGCUGUAGCUGUCAGGGAUGAAUUACCAUCAAUGACGAAUGGAUUAUCGGCGAAAUAA